GUGCCGGGCGGCGGGGUUAAGCGCGUCGCCGCCGCCCCGGGCCUAGGCGCGAGCCCCGAGAGCCGAACCUGCACCUUGAACCCGCAGCUGUGCGCGCCCGCUCGCCAUGGGUCUGGGCCGCGGCUCCAGCUCCGCGGCCCUGCUCCCGCGCGGGCUCCUGUGUCUCCUGCUGCUCGCAGCCCCGACGCUCCCGGCUGGACGACCCCCUCCGGUGGUGUUGGUGCCCGGAGAUUUGGGCAACCAGCUGGAGGCCAAGCUGGACAAGCCGAGCGUCGUGCACUACCUCUGCUCCAAGAGGACCGACAGCUACUUCACGCUCUGGCUCAACCUGGAGCUGCUGCUGCCCGUCAUCAUCGACUGCUGGAUCGACAACAUCAGGCUGAUCUACAACAGAACCUCCCGGACCACACACUUUCCAGAAGGUGUGGACAUCCAGGUCCCUGGCUUUGGGCAGACCUUCUCGCUGGAGUUCCUGGACCCCAGCAAAAGAAGCGUGGGUUCCUAUUUCCACACCAUGGUGGACAGCCUCGUGGGCUGGGGCUACACGCGGGGUGAGGAUGUCCGCGGGGCCCCCUACGACUGGCGCCGAGCUCCAAAUGAGAACGGGCCCUACUUCCUGGCCCUCCGCGAGAUGAUCGAGGACAUGUACCAGCUGUACGGGGGCCCCGUGGUGCUGGUCGCCCACAGCAUGGGCAACAUGUACACGCUCUACUUUCUGCAGCGGCAGCCGCAGGCCUGGAAGGACAAGUACAUCCGGGCCUUCGUGGCCCUGGGUGCGCCCUGGGGGGGCGUAGCCAAGACACUGCGCGUCCUGGCCUCAGGAGACAACAACCGGAUCUCCGUCAUCGGGCCCCUGAAGAUCCGGGAGCAGCAGCGCUCGGCCGUGUCCACCAGCUGGCUGCUGCCCUAUAACUCCACCUGGUCCCCCGAGAAGGUGUUCGUGCGCACGCCCACCGCCAACUACACGCUGCGGGACUACGCCCGCUUCUACCGGGACAUCGGUUUCCCCGACGGCUGGCUCAUGCGGCAGGACACCGAGGGGCUGGUCCAGGGCCUGGUGCCCCCAGGGGUGCCACUUCACUGCCUCUACGGCACGGGGGUUCCCACCCCAGACUCCUUCUAUUACGAAAGCUUCCCGGAUCGGGAGCCGAAGAUCUGCUUCGGGGAUGGCGACGGCACCGUGAACCUGGAGAGCGCCCGGCAGUGCCAGGCGUGGCUGGGCCGCCAGCAGCAGCCAGUGUGGCUGCAGGACCUGCCGGGGAAUGAGCACAUCGCCAUGCUGGCCAACGCCAGCACCCUGGCCUAUCUCAAACGCCUGCUCCUUGGGCCCUGACCGCCAGCCCGGGCUGCUCUCGGCUUCUGGAGCCAGUGUGUGCAGCAGCUGGAGACAGACCAGGCCACGCUCGGGGUUUUGGGGUGGGGUGACACUUCUGCCCUCUCCCUUCCUCAGGGAAUUUCUUGACUCACCUGGGGGGCCAGAGGGGGAGGGUGAGGCUGAUAGUGGGAGGGUUGGGACCUCCUGAGGGUUUGGGCCAGGCUCCUCUGACCUGGGGCCGGGGGGCCUUUUUACUCACCUGUCAGGCUCAGGCCUCCUGCCUUUGAGGGGUGCCACAGAGUGCUGGGACCCAUCCCCAAGGUCCCAGGCAUGGGCCCCUCUUCACAGUGGCCACAGGUAGGGCUACUGCUGACCCCAGGAUGGGGGUGGGGGGCGGACGCUGUGGCCUCCCUGUGGCUCAGCAGCUUCCCAGCCCGGCUGGAUUCUUGGGGGGCAGCCCCAGUGGUUAGGGGCAGUGUGGGGUCUCCGUGGUUCCCAGGCCCCAAACACUCACCUCCUUUCUUUACCUCCAAGAGCCGUCUUGCUCAGGAUUGGGUCGCAAAUGGCUUCCCAGUUCUGGGGCUGGGCCCCCCCCAAGCCCUAGAUCCCCUGGGUUGGGCAGUUGGCGUCAGCACCGACGCUGCUCCCUCUGCCCUGGGACUCUGGUCAUGAUGCCAACCAAGCCCAGUGCAAGCGCUUAAAGGGCGAACUGAAGGCCGCUGCCCUCCCGCUAGGGUCACGGCCAUGCUCGUCAUGGGUCUCUGGGACGUGUGCCAGGGCCAGAGUCGGACUGGGAGAGGCGGAGCUCCUGUGCCCCACCCGGAAGCUGAGAGAGGUUCGGUUUGCAGGCGCCAACUUGGAGACAUGUUGGCCAUGCCACCUCCUCAAACCCCCCAUGCUCAGGGGAUUUUCUGUUGCCUCAGAGGUGCUGCGUGAGAGCAGGGGUGGAAUCCUCCUGUCUUGGUGCCAUAGGCUGAGACUCAGGGGGACCCUCCAGGGUAGGGCCCAGAGCCUCCUUCAGGCCAGACUCUGCCUCUUGUACUGCAUUUCCGUUUCCAUGGAGCUGGGUCUGGUCUGUUGUGACCCUUCCCAGCGCCUGACUCUCCCUUGGCCCCCUGAGUUGCGUGGUGGGCCUCACGUGGGCUCUGAGCAAGUUGUACCUCAAUUUUGGCAAUAAAAGUAUUCUGGAUGCUG